CUAAUUUGAGUUUUUCGAACUCUCGGGUGUCACUGUGCACGCUUAUCUCCCUUGCUGUCAAGCCGCUGACAAGUUGUGUCCCUUUAUACUGAUUCACUGCAAACGUGUAGCAGCUCUUCCUUGGCUCCUCGCUUCCAACAAAUUCUAUUUUAGUUACUUCUGAAAAUGGCUAAAGAUAAAAAGACUAAAACUACUGAAGGAUGCGAAAAAGCUGAAGUAAAUUUGAAUUCUUCAGCUGUUAACAAAAAACCCCAAAAGAAAGAACAAAAAGGUCCUAAAGAGAGUAAGGUAACUGAAGCACCGUCUCAAGGGAAAGAUAAGAACGUCAAUGCUGUACCAGCAUCAGAUGCAGAGAAGAAGAAGAAGCAGCAAAAGAAGAAACCGAAUGGACUUAAGGCAGAAGACGGCAACACGCAAAAUCAUGUGGAAGGAAAUGUGAAAGCACCAAAACAAAAGAAAUCUGAAGAGAAUGCGGCGGGUGAACUUACUAAAAAGAAAACGCAAAAGCAACAGAAAGAAGCAACAACUCCUACACCAAAGACUGGGCAAACCAAUGCUUUAAAAGAAAAUGGGAAAAAUAAGAAACAUAAUACCAGUGGAGGAAAUGUGACAGAUGGAUCUACUGGAGAAGAACCUGUUAAAAAGAAGACAAAACACAAGCAACCGAAAGAAGAAACAACAACUACAGCAAAAGCUGGGCAAAACAAUACCUCGUCAGCUUCAAAAGAAAAUGGUAAAAAGAAGAAAUCCAAUAACAGCGGAGAAACUUUGCAAAACGGAUCUGCUGGAGAAGAACCUGUUAAAAAGAAGAAAAAACACAAGCAACAGAAAGAAGAAACAACUCCUACACCAAAGACUGGGCAAAACAAUGCUUUAAAAGAAAGUGGGAAAAAUAAGAAACAUAAUACCAGUGGAGGAAAUGUGACAGAUGGAUCUACUGAAGUAGAGCCUGCCAACAAGAAGAAAAAACACCAAAAAGAAGAAACAACAACUACAGCAAAAGCUGGGCAAAACAAUACUUCGUCAGCUUCAAAAGAAAAUGGUAAAAAGAAGAAAUCCAAUAACAGCGGAGAAACUUUGCAAAACGGAUCUGCUGGAGAAGAGAGUGCAAAAAAGAGGAAACGCAAGAUCAGUGAAGAAAGUGUGAAAAGUGGUGAUGACAAGAAUAAAACCACCAAACCAAAAGGUGCACAAAGUGACAACUCACCUGCAGCAAAAGAGAAAAAGAAGAAGAGAUCUAAGAGAAGGAAGGGUUCGAAGGCUGAUGAUAAACCCAAAGAGAUGAUUUUGGGUGAAGAUGAAGCAACUACAGAAAAAAAGGCGAAGCAAUUCUUAAAUGUUUGGUACACAAAUAAGACUGAAUGGAAUUUUGUAAAAGCCCGUCAGAACUGGUUGGUUCAUCAUAUGUAUGAUCCUGAAAAGAUCCCUGACACAACAUUUCAGACUUUACUCAAGUACCUUGCUGGCAUGAAAGGUCGUAGCCGAGAGGAAACUAAGAAGCAAGCACAGAGCUUGUUGGAUGCCGUUACCAAAGACAAAAACGCACUUCAUAAAAAAAUCAAGUUGUCUGGGGAACCCGGACUUAUUCAACGAACCAGAGCUGAACAAGUCAUCCAAAUACUGUAGCAGUCCUUACAGUCAUAGGCAUUGUCAAAACAUUUGAUAUUUUUUUGUCAUUUUUGUCUUUUGGCAAUUAAAAAGUAUGUUUUAAAAUACCUAUUCAAUGCAAA